AUGGUGGCCGCUGUUGUUACAAUGAUGAGCUUCGCCGUCUUUCUGGGCGUUGUUUCUGCUGAUCCCGACAUGCUCCAAGAUGUCUGUGUCGCCGAUCUUGCUUCCAAAGUGAAAGUCAAUGGAUUCCCGUGCAAAGCGGCUUUCAACGUAACAGACUUCUUCUUCGAUGGGCUGGCCAAACCUGGAGUCACCAACAACACCUUAGGCUCUCUAGUGACUGCGGCCAAUGUCCAAGAGAUCCCAGGCCUCAACACUCUUGGCGUGUCCCUAUCUCGCAUCGACUAUGCUCCUUUCGGCCUCAACCCACCCCACACCCACCCACGAGCCACUGAGAUAGUGUUUGUGCUCUAUGGGGAGCUAUAUGUUGGAUUCAUAGCAGCUAACGUCCUCGUUGCAAAGACCAUCAAGGCAGGCGAGAUCUUUGUGUUCCCUAAAGGUUUGGUCCACUUCCAAAUGAACGUCAAGCGUGCCCCCGCGGCCGUCAUUGCGGCAUUCAAUAGUCAAUCACCAGGGACUCUAACCAUCGCAACCGCACUAUUCGCAGCCAAGCCCACAGUGCCCAACAAUGUGUUGGCCAAGGCGUUCCAAAUUGAUGCUAAAGAGGUCGAGAUGAUCAAGGCUAAGCUUGCCCCAAAGAGCUAG